AUGAUUGAACCUGUGGACCCGCUGUACUACCGUAAGGUUCAAUUUUGUUUGGAUGGCGAUGGGACAGGCUGUGAUGAUAAGAGUGGAGGUUCUGCGAACUCUCUUGUGACGUUAAAUGGAGAGAAACUCGUUCCAACGGUUUCAUGGGACACUGUGCCUAUUGAAGGCAGUGGAGCGGAUGACGAAGUGGAUGAUUAUAUGUCUUACGAACCUCUGAAUCUGGAUAGCUCUAUGGACUAUUUGUACUCUGGGGAAACUGAAUUGGAUUACAUGAAGAAUCCUGCACGGUCUAAAAAUUAUUUGAGCCAGGCUCCCACUAGUAGGGUGCGUGGGUCUUCACCGGUGCGACUGGGCUUUGGGGUUGCCUCCUCUGCUCAGCAGUUGGAUGUUGGCGUACGCGAUACUGCGGCAAAGAUUAUGAUUGGGCCCGGUGGGGAAAUCAGAAGAAGGGACUACCCUAGUAGGCCCAUCUUGGUGAGUAAUGCAUUGAUCAAGAGCCAAUACCAUAAGGACUGGAAAAAGAAAUGGCGGAAACAAGUAGAAACAGUGGAGUACAGGAUAGGUAAAGCUCAGUCAGAAUACUUCAAGUACCCAGAAAUCCUGUUUCCGGAGCAAAAGGUCGAUCUAACAGAUGCACCAGUGGUGAACGAAAAUGGAGAAGUCAUCGAAAAGAGAAAAAGAGCCAACUUAAGGAGACAACUCCGUGUCAUUCGAACACCUACUGGUAUUGCUAAGACUCCAAGAACGGUCUUGGUGCAUAUCAGUGGAAGACGGCAUACCUGGGUGGCUCUGGACUGGGCAAUCAAUCAAUUGGCUAAUGACACAGAUUAUAUCGUUAUUCUUGCUAAUAUCCCAGAACGCAUGACAUCUGAUAGACACAGAUCAUUAUCCAGAUCGCGAUCAAGGUCGGCUUCCAGAUCUCGCUCAAGGUCAAGGUCGAGAAUGAGAUCACUGUCUCGCAAUCGAGACAUUCGAGCUGGAACAGGUGAUGAUGUUAUCUAUGAUGAUUAUGAUCCAUCAGAUGAUAUAUGGUGCGAUGGCUACACUGUUGGUGAGGUCAACGCCCUUCUACAAAGAUUAAUUGAUUAUUGUACCAUUAUAAUGGGUGACAGGAAGGUGAAACUAACGAUUGAAAUAGUAGUUGGUAGUACUUCAAAAGUUUUAAUCAAUUCAUUGAACGCUUAUGCUCCAGAUUUCUUCGUUAUUGGUACUCCAGUGGAUAGAGAUGGAUCUAACAACAUUGUAAUACACAGAUGUAGACAUUUGAGUCCCGUAGUAAUGCAAAAUUUCCCAAUACCCUUGUUCGUGGUUGCAGCAAGGAAAAUGGGCUGGUUCGAAUUGAGAUUGCAACGGGAGAUUUUACUUAAACAAAAACAAAUUCAGUCGUCAAGAGUUGUUCCAAAUAUUAAUACGUCUACAAACAUUGAUAAACUGGAUGGAACAUCUAGGCAGACAGAUAGCAGUGAUGAAGAUGAGGCUGAUAAUAUUUCUCACUUAUCUCUUGACGAUAUGGAAAAAACUGUUAACACGAUCAAGCAACUAAGGCGUCGAUACCGCAGUUUGCUUGAGAAAAAGAUGGGUUUACUAGAUGUUGACUCAACACUCUCGACAAAGCAAAGGCAUUUUGAGAAAAUUGACUCUACCAUAAACGCUACUUUGAAUUUUAAUAAAGAACUUGAGUCUUUGGGCGAUGCCGAAUACGUAAUGCAAAUAAGGAAAACUUGGACAGGUGGCAUCAGACCUAGGAUCACAAAGAAGAAGUCUAUGUUGGAUGUUAGCGAUGUACCUCGUAAAAAACCAUCGAAUGUUAAUCCUAGCACAGCACCAGCUAUCAAUAUAGCGAAGGUCACUAAACUGAGUCAACAAGGGGAUAAAAAGAAAGACUUAACUCCAUCAUCUGUUUCUUCUCGACCCUCAAAUGCCAAUCCCGCUGCCAUAAAAUUCGCCCAUUCAGUCAAACCAAAGGAUGGUAUGAGUGCUAUACAACGGAUUAAAACGGUUGAAGCGAACAAUUCUGAACUAUCGCCCCUAGAGAGAGAUCUGUCGUCAAUUUCUUUAGUGCCGGUUCGAUCCCACCAGCCAAAAUCUGAAUCAGAUUCAACAUUAAGAAAAGUUAUGAGCACAACUUCUUUGGAUAAAAAGGAGCGCAAAAGAUCACGAUUAUUUACAUUCUUAUUCGGUGGAAAUCAGAACAGCUCAAGCGUUUCGGAUAGCAAUAGUGAUUUGAGUCCUUCUCUGAGCUUUACUAGUUCUCGUAGGGGAAGCAUGUCAAGUCAAUCUUCUGGUGAGUCAAAGAAAAAAAGAGGUCUGUACCUCUUCAAGAAACUUGAUCACAUAUAA